UAAGUUCCUGGCUGGUCAUAAUUCUUCUACAUUAACGCAACCAGAAAAGCAAAGCUCUCUCUCCCUCUCUCUCUCUAUGCCUCUGCGCAAUAACAACGCAAAAUCUCUAUGCAGAAUUUGCACUUUCGAAGUUUUGAAAGCAACACCUCAUGCUUUCAGUUUCCCUGAAAGAUGAGAUCUUGGAGACAGUCCAAUGUCUUCUCGCAAGACUGAUUUUUGAAGGGUUCUUUUGUUUUCAUUUUAGCAGUGAUUAGUACUGUUUUGUUGUCACUCCUGCCAGAGAUUUUGGAUGAACUGCAGGGGUCUAGGUAGUUAGAAAAGGUCUCGACUCUUUCCUCAACGGCACGCUACUCUUUCAUCUUCCAAGUUGAUCGAGCUCUCUCUUUUUACCCUCUACCUGUUCUACUGAAAUAGCAUUAAGUGUGGUCUUUACUGCUGUUUUAGGUCUCUUAGUUUUCCUCGUUUUGGUGGUCAUCAGAGUCUUAAAAGUUUUUGAGAAAGCUUAGUUAUUUAGUUCUUGAUCAUUUAUUUUCAGUUCCUUUUGUUUUAGGAGUUCUCAUAUUUCUUCACCCAAAUGGCCAGCUUCUUUGAAAUUUCUUCUUUCAAUACAAGCAGAUUUGAGACAGCAAUUUGGGCUGUGAAGUCGGUGCUUCUCUCUGUGGGGAUCCUUUCCACUUUUAUUUUGUUCAAAGUGGCUAUAAUUCCUUGCACAUUUAAUCUAAUUCUCUCCACUCUUCCUAGCGUGUGGAUCUCCCUCCGUGGCUGGUUAUCUCCACCUUACAUCUACAUCAUCGUCAACUUUAUCAUCAUCACCAUUGUUGCUUCCUCCACAUUUCAACACCCAAACCCCGAUGCCAAAUUACCCUAUUCUACUUCUAAGAAACUCAAAAGCCAAAACCAAAGUAGCACCAAUCAUGCGAGUGAUCUCUGGCAAGAGCAUGACAUACAAGAAGUGGAAAAACAAUUGGACACCCCUUUGUCCUUUGAGAAACCCAUCGACUCUUCUCAGGAUUAUUACUCUCCUGACACUUUCCUGACAAAUUCUGGUAAAGAACUGCAAGAAAAGACGAAUACAGACCUAUCCAAGGAUCCUUGCUCUCCUGACUCUUGCUUGACAGAUUCUGCUAAAAAACAGCAAAAAAUGAUGGACAUGGAGCCGCUGACACAAGAGGCAGAUCAGCAGGACACCCUGGAGGACGCAUGGACAUCAAUUAUGGAGAAGCAAGGGAUGACACCAACAAGGCAGUUAAGGAAGAUUGGCACAUGGGACACGCCUCCAAAGGUGUUGCAAAAAGUCAAUGGAAUUGUUGCUGCUGAAAGUGGUGGUGGUUGCUGCGAUGAUGAUGAUCCGGUGUCUUGGGCUAGGAGAGAACUGAAGAAAUCAGACACGUUUAAUGAUUCUGUUUCCCUAAGGAGGGAGAAGUCGAUGAGUCAGGAUGAGUUGAAUCGGCGAGUAGAAGAGUUUAUCAGAAAGUUUAAUCAUGAAAUGAGGCUCCAAAGGCAGGAAUCUGAACAGAGAGUCAGGGAAAUGAACGUCCACGGUGGGGUUUGGUAGUUUGCUUUUCAUUAAUUGGUGGUUAAUUAGUAUGCUAAAUCCUGAUGAGUCGGAUUAAGAAAUGUUAGGCCUCUGCUUUCAAGUUUCUCUUUCGGAGGUCAAGAGUCUCAUUGGAGGUGAUAAUCAAAUGAUAGAGAAGCCACAUGGUCAUGGUGUUCAAGAGUCCCUGUCAAUGGAUGCUGGCAAAAUAUUUGAAAGGUGGUCGAUGGCUGUAGGAAUACUUGUAUUUCUUGUAAUUUGUCUUUUACAAAGGAGCUCUUUUUAAUUUCCUGUGAUGGAAUAGACAAUGCAUCAUUCAGACCAUGGGAUAUUAUAUUUUAUGUCA